AUGGACUCUCCUACCGAUAAUAUUGAGAGCACAGAAACCCUUACAGAUUUCCUUAACGUGUUCAGAGCGUCAAGGAACGGAGUGGUUUAUGGAGGAAGAUUAAGAUUUGCACAUGCGCUGGCUUUGGCCCUCGUUUUCAAAAGGAAGCAACCUAUUGGAGACACAAUCUAUAAGGCGUUAAAGCUGUCCUGUGAACAUGCAUGGAUACUGGCGGCUUUCGCAAUUGUCUACAAAGGAGUUUUAUUUGCGGUAAAACAUGUCAUAUUGAAACAUAACAAAGCUAGUCGCAAGAAGUACAUUCAUUUUAUUGCUGGAGCUAUCGCUGGUUUAUUAGUCUACGGGCAGCCUACUGGAGGAAAACUAUUUUCCAGAAAUAUCACCCAUCAGGUAACAUUAUAUUGCUCUUCUCGUAUGAUACUGGCAAUAGGGAAAAUGAUUGCAGUGAAACUGUCCCAAAGUAGAACCUCCGAUCCAAAUACAACACCAAAGGUCCACCAGCAAAGCAAAAGAAUGAUUGAGAACGUGUCAUGGUAUAUUUAUUCUAUGUUGUCAUGGGGCUGCUGCAUGUAUUUGUAUCAAUCGGACCCGAUAUUCCUUCAUCCCAGCUUGCGGAAUAGUUUAGAAUUCAUGUACAACAAUGAACGUUGGAAAGGUCUCAAAGGUUUCUUUACUCAGUAG